CCUCGCUGGAGGUGGGGGAAAGGGGAACUUCAGUCCAACCAGAAAGGACCCAGGAGUUUUGAUGCGGAAAGGGCGGUAUCCUCUUGUAGAAGGUGCCAAUAAAGAGCCGAGAUAGAAGAGGGUCAGCUGAACCAAUGAGACGAGGACAUAGGAUGGGCGGGUGAUCUGGAAAGCAGGAUCAAUGAAGAUGAGGGCGGGUCUGGUAACGGGAAUAAGCCAAUGAGGCUCUGUAGAGCCAUCAAGAGGCUGAGCCGGCCGCCUGUUCCCGACUAAAUCUGGAAAUCCCAAGGCCGCGGUCUUAGAUUCACUGUUCGGGAGCGGACGAGGAAAGCCCCGGCUCCGGCCAGCCCCUCGCUUGUCCCAGCUCCACCCAAGAGGCCCGGAAGCGGAAGUGAGGGACACGGAAGUGGCCUGCUGUUGCCGAGGGGACGGACCAGGCAGAUGCCAACAUGGCAGCGGUUGGGUCUGGCGGUUCCACCGCGGCGGCAGGACCUGGGGCGGUCUCCGCGGGGGCGUUGGAGCCUGGGACAGCGAGUGCGGCUCACCGGCGCCUCAAAUACAUAUCCCUAGCUGUGCUGGUGGUCCAGAAUGCCUCCCUCAUCCUCAGCAUCCGUUAUGCCCGCACACUGCCUGGGGACCGCUUCUUUGCCACCACUGCUGUGGUCAUGGCCGAAGUGCUCAAAGGUCUCACCUGCCUGCUGCUGCUCUUCGCACAAAAGAGGGGUAACGUGAAGCACCUGGCUCUCUUCCUCCAUGAGGCUGUCCUGGUGCAGUAUGUGGACACACUCAAGCUCGCAGUGCCGUCUCUCAUCUACACCUUGCAGAAUAACCUCCAGUAUGUUGCCAUCUCCAACCUGCCAGCUGCCACUUUCCAGGUGACGUACCAGCUGAAGAUCCUGACCACAGCACUGUUCUCCGUGCUCAUGCUGAACCGCAGCCUUUCCCGGCUACAGUGGGCCUCCCUGCUGCUCCUCUUCACUGGCGUCGCCAUCGUCCAGGCACAGCAAGCCGGUGGUGGGGGCCCUCGGCCGCUGGAUCAGAACCCUGGGGCGGGCCUAGCAGCUGUGGUGGCCUCGUGUCUGUCCUCGGGAUUCGCAGGUGUCUACUUCGAGAAGAUCCUCAAGGGCAGCUCAGGCUCGGUGUGGCUGCGCAACCUGCAGCUGGGCCUCUUCGGCACAGCCCUGGGCCUGGUGGGGCUCUGGUGGGCUGAGGGCACUGCCGUGGCCCGCCGUGGCUUCUUUUUCGGGUAUACACCUGCUGUCUGGGGCGUGGUGCUCAACCAGGCCUUUGGCGGGCUGCUGGUGGCUGUUGUCGUCAAGUACGCCGACAACAUCCUCAAGGGCUUUGCCACCUCCCUGUCCAUCGUGCUGUCCACUGUUGCCUCCAUCCGCCUUUUUGGCUUCCAUGUGGACCCGUUGUUUGCCCUUGGCGCUGGGCUGGUCAUCGGUGCCGUCUACCUCUACAGCCUUCCCCGAGGUGCAGCCAAAGCCAUAGCUUCCACCUCUGCCUCCACUUCCACCUCCGGGCCCUGCACUCACCAGCAGCCUCCAGGGCAGCCGCCGCCACCGAAGCUGUCUUCCCAUCGUGGAGACCUCAGCACGGAGCCCUUUCUGCCAAAGUUGCUCACCAAGGUGAAGGGUUCGUAGCUGCUGGGAUUGAAGACGCUGGCCUCGUUCUCCCUUCUUGCCCUGGCCCAGCCAGGACCAAACUCUGAUCAGUAUUAGCGGUGGGGGGAGGUAGACACUGAACCCUCCAUGGCCCCACCCCCCACCCCCACGCAAGGCUAACACAGCCAAACUCUGGUAAUGAGGGCACAGAAGGAACCCACCCCUGCCUCCGGCCCCAUCCCCACCCCCCUAUCCCUGCCACUCCCGCACUUUCUUAGGUGAGUUUUUACAAAUAAAAUGUGUUUUGCAUCUUGCCA